ACGAUCUUUUUUCCUCCUCCCCCUCCUCUCUCUCUCUCUCUCUCUCUGACACACACACACACACACACAUAAACACACACAUACAGAGUAUAUGAUGGAGAAGAGUAUUAAUCCACUCUCUACAGUAGGCAUGAUCUUACUAUACAUUGAGUUGGGUAGCGCAAUUUUACUUGUUUGCGUCAUUUUAUCUCAUGUUGUUCUAAGUUGGGUGAUUAUCCUUCAGGACUUUUAUUUAUGUUUUGUAAAUGUAUUUCGGACCAUACUGCACUUCCUCUGCUUCACAUGGAAUUAUUGCACAAAAUCCAAGAACUGUAAUGUCCAAGUUUCUACCAUGAAAGAUUAUACUUAUGAAAGUGUCAAUAAUGUUAUGUUGUUCAGAGGAGAUGUGGAAAUAGUAAUGCAAAAACUAGGAAUUUUCUGUGACCCAAAUGGUGAUAAGCUUCAAGAAAGACUAGGCUCAGUUGAGAUAUCAAAAUUGUUCGAUGAGACUGAGCCUAGUCCUGAGGAAGUGAAAGAAGCUUUUGAUCUGUUUGAUGAGAAUGGUGAUGGUUUCAUAGAUGCAAAGGAGCUAGAAAGAGUCCUUGGUAAAUUGGGUUUCACAGAACUUCCUGAGAUCGAAUGCCAGAGGAUGAUUAUGGCCUUUGAUGAUAAUGGAGAUGGAAUGAUUGAUUUCAGAGAAUUUGUGAAGGUUAUGGAAGGCAGCUUUUGUUAGCCAAUGUCUUCCUGCACUUGGGAAGAUAAGCUCAUGGCAUUGCACUCCCAAAAUAAAUGGUAUUUUGCCCUUUUUUUUUGUUGGUUGUUACUAUUUUAUAUUUUCAGGAAAACAGCCUUUUUUGUAAAGACUCUAAUUUUUCCAAGUGGUAAGGUUAUGCAUAACUGACCUCCCGAUAUCAAUGGCGAGAGCCUCGUGUAUUAUACUCUUUGAAGUCAAAAAUUACGCUACCCAACAAGACAAAGCCAUCCACUACCCAAAAACUCUUUCCUCACACCCCCUCUUCCCAAGCCUUGAAUUACAACCAGCAUAUGGCAGAGAAUAGCAAGAGUUUCUGUACAUUCAUUCAGCUGGGACUUUUAUCAGUCACCAAGUGGGCACAUUCAAUGGCAUAUCCCUGUAGGACAAGCUACAACAACUUGAUUGCAAAUCCAGCCAGUCAAUGAAGCUGAUUUUAGCUAAUUACCAGCCUUGAAGACACCAUGUUGGAUGUUUGUUAAGUUUUUGAUCCAUAUGUAUGAUCAAACGUACUAAUAUUUGUGUAUGCCUGGCCAUGUGUGAAUAAAAGUU